GCCGUUCCAUAUCGAUAGGGUAUGAAUUGAGAGAUCGCGGAAGUCCUGCGGGGUUCUAAGGUGCGCGUUAUACACACCACUGACUUGUCUCUUUCCAAUUUGCUGCUCGCAGGCUUCUUGGAUGCAAGUUGGUCAAAGGAAGUUGGACGAUGCUUCUCACAGGGCUGGCCUAGAGCGAUGAAGUCUUCCUUCGGGAUGGUGUUGUUUGCUACCCGUAUAUUACAGACCCGGCGGAUGACGGCAGGCAUCCGGUGUUUAAUAUUCGUUACGGCCAUAUUUCAGCUCUCAGCCGUUGGCGCAGCUCAGACAUUACCCUACUUUCCUACGAGCAUAUUCAUUCCACAAUCCAAGCCUGAGCCGGCGCAAGAAAGCGCGACUGCUGACAUCGCUUACAUAUUCUCGCCCCAGGACGAUUGGGUCGAUCUACUAGCGCUUAACUUUUCUGGCAGCCUCCAAGCUUCAUCAUUAUCUUUUCGAACCUUGUCAUCGAAUGUACCUUUCUUGGAUACCAAUAAGACGGCAUUUACUCCAUCGCUUGCCAAUAAUGGAUCGCUUGUCGUCUACGCGGGUGAUUGCUCUGCACCAGCAGAUUCCGAAAUAUGGACAUUCUACCUUUCCUCCAACGAUGGAGCGGCGUCGUGGAGCAAGGCGAACACAACCUUGGCUGCCGAUGAAGAUUCAAUCCAAAUAGGCCCAAGCUUCUUGGGCGGUGGCUUUAGCUUUUCAAACAUCCUAGAGCCUCAGUUAUCGCCUGCCGUAACCUAUAUCUACGGAGGAAUGUGUCCUGGAACAUCCUCCAACGCUAGUUUAGCACAGUCCAAUGCGACUUACUCGAAUCAGAUGAUCAAGAUUGGACCUUCGGGAGUCAACACCGGGGAAUUUUCACUCAGUCCGGUUUCCAGCAAAGGCCCACCGGUGCCCGAGGCCGGGUUUACCUUCACUGGUCUAUCUCCAUCCAUAUCCAAUCACUCGGGAACAGUAACCCAACAAGUUAACUAUGUACUCCUCGGCGGCCAUACAGAAACGGCUUUUAUCAAUAUGAGCACUGUCGCCAUCUGGAGCUUACCAGAAGAAAGUUGGAGUUUCAUCUCUGACAUUGAUACGACGGGCUCAAGCAGCACCAAUACUGAACUCGCUAUCAAAAGUACCUCCAGUAGUAUAGACAGCCGAUCUGGCCAUACAUCAGUUCUAAGCGAGGAUGGAACCUGCUUAAUCAUUCUAGGCGGCUGGGUGGGUGACUUAACUCAAGCCGCUUCACCGCAGCUUGCUAUCCUCAACAUCGGCGCUAGCUACGGCGGCAAUGGGGAUUGGGAGUGGGUGGUUCCCGAUACGCAGCCAUCAGGGCCAGGUAUCUACGGCCACGGCGCAACGUUGCUCCCAGGGAAUGUGAUGAUGGUCUACGGAGGCUACACCAUCUCUUCAGCCGAGACUAAGGUCAGGAGACAAGCUUCCGCUAACAAUAAUAUGCCGAUGUUCCUGAACCUCACCUCGAUGAGCUGGUCCAACGACUACACAAACCCAGCAAAUGCUGCGGCAGGCCAGGACAACAACAGCUCAAGCACCACCGAUGGCGACCUAGGCCUACGUCUAGGACUAGGGCUUGGUCUGGGUCUCGGCAUUGCAGCCAUUAUCAUAGCGGUAGUAUUCUAUCUCCUUUACCGCCGGCGCCUGCGACACCGACGCACAAUCCGCGACUCUGCUCUUCGCGCCCUCGCACAGGACACCUCGCGCUUCCUACCUCAUGAUGACGAAAUGACCGAGCAAGAUCACGCGUGGUAUACGGGCGGUCCCGACCCGUACAUGCGCGGCAGCCGGUCACUCGGAUACCAGAGCCUGCAGGCAAACCGUAGCAGCCUAGACCAAGGCCAAGGGCUGCAUUCAUGGUUCGGGGGCGCGCCUGCACAGGGACAAGGGGUUCUGAGAAAACCAAUCCCGCGUCGCAAUACGUACGACCCUCCUUCUGCGGUUAUUCACCCUAUUGCCGAGGCGGACGAGGAUGACGGUGAUAUCACGAGCGAGCCAAUAAGCCCUUUGCGCGACGAGGGCAGGAGGGACUCGGACCCGUUUCUCACGCCAACACAGACUCAGGAGAAGAAUGAAAAAUACGAAAAAUACGACACGCCCAUCGCGCUACCGCAGCCAACCCGCGCGUCAAUGACGCCAAGCCCAGAGCGCACAACGGACCCCGAGGUCCAAGACUGGAUGUCUGAUGUAGAAGCUGUGGAUGCGCUGCUCAGUGGACGUCGAUCCUCCCAGCAAAGCCCAACAAGGUGGGCGUUGGAUCAUUUGACGGGUGAAGACGAACGCACUGAAAGCAACGUCUCGGAGUCCAACCGCAGUAAUUUAAAUUUGAACCUGAAUACGAACGUGACGGUCAGUCGCUCAGACUCUAUACGCUCUCAGUUACGCGCUGGAUUCGGGGCAGCAGCUGCUGCGCUCGCAGCUGCUGUCGACGAGGGGAGAGGCGGAAGUAGUUCUAGUUCUACGCCUAGUUAUAAUACGGCAAGAAGCAGCUUUCCGGCCCUGCAGGCAGAAGGACCGGGGCUGUUGAUGGGAGGAAAGAUAAGAGGUGGAGAAAGGGAUAGGGGGAGGGAGGAGGAGCCAGGUAGCCCGAGCAAGAGCAAGCCCCGGCGUAGCUUCUUCGGAAGUUUGCGCCGAGUUUUUAGUGGAGCGACACCGGACGCGAGUCCUAUCGAGCGUUACGGGAAGGAAACUCGCGAUGACACAGAGGGAGAGGCGAGUGAUUAUGAUGCUAGACUUGGCGGAUUGAGUGGAAUAGCGGCGGGUGGCGUCCUAAGGAGGAAGAGUGGCAGGGGGGCUUGGGAGGCUUUGGAGCAGAGUCAACCAGAAAGAGAUCGAGGCCUAGGUUAUGGUCAAGGACAGAGGGGAACGGGUAAAGGGAAUGGAAAUGGAAAACGAAAAGGGGCGGCGGACGAAGAAUACGUGCCAAGGAAUGGGGACGACGAUGACGAGUGGGAUAUCGAAAAGGCCGUCGAGAGACGGCUCGUGCAAGUCAUGUUCACGGUGCCUAAGGAGCCCUUGCGCGUUGUCAAUGCCGAGCCGGACAUUGAGAGCGGUGAAGAUAUCGUCCUAGUCGACCCAAGCCCGGAUGAGGGGAGAAGUGUAGAUGAGAAAGAGGAAGAAGUAACGACAGAAGCAGAAGCAAUGAGAAAAAACCUAGAAGGGGUAGAAGAGAGGGACAUAGGGACGCUGAUCCCGAGUCCAAGUCCUGUGAGUGAGGAUGAUAUUCUGCGUGAAGUACGCGAAGAGUUGGAGGCCGAAUGGAAGUUGGAUAAGGGCAAGGAAAAUGAAAGGAAUAGGGAAGAAGAUAGGGAUAGGGGUAGACAGCCUGAGACCCCAGUGCGCACCCCGCGAAAUCUACGGGAUGAGAGCGCUCGUUUGCUAGGCAUGGACCUAAGCACCGAGUCUAGAAAGAGAAAGCCAUCCCGCUCUCCGGUGGAAGAUCCGGAUGGUGACGUCUUCUCUGCCCAAGAAGUGAAGUUCGAACGGCCGCGGACGCGAGUCCUGGCUAUGGUCGAAAGCUUUGAGAGCCUGAGUCGUGAGAACAGUCCUUCGGGGUCGCCUACACGAUGAUUUUAGCUAGAAGGUUAAGGUAAAGAGGUUACGUAUCUGGUGUAGGAUGUGUAGGACAGGAAACCACGAGAUAGGGGUUGGGAACGGCGGCGUCAUCGAGGAAUGGCGGAUACCAAUCGUUUCAAAGGCGUCGGGGUUGGAUCUAUUCGAUUUGAAUUGCAUUGUGUCUUGGGAAGGGUGCACCCACAAGUUCUGGGUUGUAACAGGGAAAUUUUCACGUACCUACAUUACAACGAUGUGUUACCGAUGAAAUUCAUAGUUAAAGUCAAAGAGAACACCCGUCAGAUCUUGUAUUAAGUGUUCUACCAGUGAAAUGAGUCUAG